UCCCAUUUGUGUGUGUGACAUCAGUAGUGCAAGACAAGAGUGCUGCGCCACAAUGAUCUCAAGACUGGCUGCUUUAAUUCUCCUUUGUACAGUUUAUCUGAUUCAAACUGCAGAGGUUCCUCAACAGGUCCCUUUGACUUUGGCCCAACUUGGUGGAAAUGUUACUUUGUGGUGUUCAGUUUCUGAGAAGGAAGGCAAAGCAUUUUACUGGUUCAAGCAGCCUCUUGGAUAUAUGGUCCAACAAGUCGUUGUUGUUAUUCUCAACAAAAUGACAGUUAGUGAGCAGUUUAAGUCCCGGUUCACAUUAAAAAUAGAUAAAGCUCCGUAUUCUCUUACCAUCAGAAAUAUCAGCAAAGAGGACGAAGCGACAUACUUCUGUUUCAGUGGAGCUACAUAUUCAAGCAGUUUUGUUAGUACGUUCUUGGCUGUUAAAGAUCGUAAGCAGCAGAGAUCUUUCUACGUGAAACAAAGUCCGCUCACUGAGUCGGUCCAGCCGGGCGACUCGGUGACUCUCCAGUGUUCACUUGUCUCCAGGAACAAAGAAGACAGAGUCCAGUGUCCAGGUGAACACAGUGUGCACUGGUUCAGAUCUGGAUCAGGAGAAUCUCAUCCAGGCUUCAUUCACACUCACAGUGAUGCUCAAGAAGAAAGAAGUUGUGACUUCAGUCUGUCCAAAACUAUGCACAACUCCUCUGAUACUGGGACCUACUACUGUGCUGUGGCCACAUGUGGAGAGAUCCUGUUUGGUGAAGGAACCCAAGUGGACACAAGAUCAGAACUGGACCCAGUUGUGCUUGUUCUUGGAGUCCUGUUGGCCUGCUGUCUGAUUGUGAUAGUCAUCUUUAUUUUCUACAGAAAUCAAAGGAAAGUCUGCAAAAAUUGCAAAGGAGCAGAGAGUGCUUCCCAUCAUCCUGGACAUGACGGGUCAACUGUGGACCGGUCAAAUGCUCCGUUUUUGCAGGAUGCUGAAGCAAAGGGAGUUAACUACGCAGCACUGGAUUUCUCCACGAGGAAAGUGAAAGGAGGGAAGAGGAAGAAGAGCGAGUCGCCACAAGAGUAUGAGUACUCUGCUGUGAGAGCGUAUGACCACAACCAGCAGCACCCUUGUCCAUAGAAAGGGCCCGGGCAGAGGCCCCAAAGUCUCCACAGAGUGCUUCUACCUUGGUGUGAUCUUACAGAGCUUUAU